UGAGGCUGUUCUGAGGGCAAAAGGGGGUGCAACUCAGUAUUAGGAAGGUGUUCCUAAUGUUUGGUAUACCCAGUGUAGUAUACAUCAUAUAGUGUAUUUCCUCCUUAAAGCUGUCAUGCAGUAAUGGAUGCAGUAAUAUAAAAAUAGAGUUAGGGUGGAUGCAGUCAUAUAUAGAGAGAGUUAGGGUGGAUGCAGUCAUAUAAAGAGAGAGUUAGGGUGGAUGCAGUCAUAUAAAGAGAGAGUUAGGGUGGAUGCAGUCAUAUAUAGAGAGAGUUAGGGUGGAUGCAGUCAUAUAUAGAAAGAGUUAGGGUGGAUGCAGUUAUAUAAGGAGAGAGAGUUAGGGUGGAUGCAGUCAUAUAAAGAGAGAGUUAGGGUGGAUGCAGUCAUAUAGAGAGAGAGAGUUAGGGUGGAUGCAGUCAUAUAAAGAGAGCGUUAGAGUGGAUGCAGUCAUAUAGUUAGGGUGGAUUGAUAUGACGUGUUUUCACAGUGUUGUAGGAACGAUGUUAAAUCCAUUAGAUUUGUCAAUCUUGAUGCCACAGAGUCUGAAUGCCAAUGAUUUCAGUAUGUCGAGGGAGCUUACUGGUGUUUAUCUUAGAAUGAUUGAUAUAUGGAAUAUACUGCCUGGUUACAAGGGGAUAACAUCAGGGUGGGGAGUGCCAACUGAUGGUUACCAUAUGUUGUUGAAGGAAUGUGUAAAGAGGCUAUAUAACUGAGAGAUUUCCUUUGUCUAGGAGUUUGGGUUCCAAUGGGCAACUCACGUGCCGUUUGUUAUACGAACCCGGUACCGCAUCUAUUAAAUACAUUGUAUCAAUUCUCCAUCUAAGUGUUAAAUAUCUUCUUGCAUAUUGAAUUCCUUGAUACCCGAGAAACUCAUCAUAACAGUGGAUGCAGUCAUAUAUAGAGAGAGUUAGGGUGGAUCCAGUCAUAUAUAGAAAGAGUUAGGGUGGAUGCAGUAAUAUAAAAAGAGAGUUAGGGUGGAUGCAGUCAUAUAAAGAGAGAGUUAGGGUGGAUGCAGUCAUAUAAAGAGAGAGUUAGGGUGGAUGCAGUCAUAUAAAGAGAGAGUUAGGGUGGAUGCAGUCAUAUAAAGAGAGUUAGGGUGGAUGCAGUCAUAUAUAGAGAGAUCAUGCAUCAUGGUACGAUGCACACGGUCAAAUGUGAUGAGCACAGACUUCCUUCCUGACUUGUGGUGUUAGCAAGUCUCCUGUGUUUCCUCUUGUAUUAAACUCAAAAACAUGAUGAAAGAAAAACAGACUGACAGAAGGGGAAGAAGAAAGAGGAUAGAAAAAGGACUGAGACCUGUGGAGACGGAUGGACGAGCAGUCAGUCAGACAAGCGGACAGACAUACAGUCAGAUAGACAGACAGACAUGCAUUAAGACAGACAGGCAGACAGAGACAAAAGCAUAAUACAAAAUAGCUAAUAAAAAGCACUUCCUGUGGAUUUGAGAAGAUCCAGGUUAAAAGGAGGAUAAAUCCAUCUCAUAAAGUGGAUUAACCCAAAGGUCCAGAAACACCAGAUUCUUCAGUUGCCUUCGAAAAUGGCGUCAGACCUCUUCAUCUCCACCGCUUCCCCCCAGCUCUCCUCCACCCCUCCUCUUGUCUCCUUCUCCCCUCCUCUCUCCAUCUCACACCAGAUCGGUAUCUCCAUUCUGGUCCUGGCCUUUGUCUUUGGUUUCCCAGGCAACCUGUUCGUGGUGUGGUCGGUGCUGUGCCGCGUGAGGCAUCGCUCCGUCACCUGCCUGCUCGUCUUAAAUCUCGCCGUGGCCGACGCCCUGGUGCUGCUAAGCGCCCCGCUCUUCCUGCACUUCUUGGCAGGCAGGCGAGGCUGGGAGUUUGGGGCUGUGGCCUGUAAGACGGUGCACUACCUGUGCUGCGUCAACAUGAACGUGUCCAUCUACCUGAUCUGCUUGAUGAGCAUGGAUCGCUGGCUGGCCGUGGCGAGGCCCUUCCUGUCACAGAGGAUGAGGACCAAGAAAACCCUGAUGGCUAUUCUGCUGGGUAUCUGGGUGCUGGCCUUCGUCUUAGCUCUGCCCAUGCCCUUCUAUCGCAGUAACCUGAAGCCCUUCCUGCACAAGAACAUCUCCAUGAACAUCUGCAUGCCGUAUCACUGGGGCAGUGUGGGUCACCAGGUGUUCCAGUACCUGUUUGAGACCGUCCUGGGCUUCUUACUCCCCUUCACCUUCAUCAUCGUCUGCUACACCUCCGUCAUCUGCCGGCUACGCAGCGCCAUGUUCCAGCGCAAGGGACGGGGAAACCGCCUCAUCCUCCUCAUCAUUGGCGCCUUCGCUCUCUUCUGGCUGCCCUACCACCUGGUCAACAUCUUACAGGUGAUUGGUCUGCUGGGUGACAACGCCACUCUCACCAAUGCUGCUGUAUUGGCCCGUCCCAACGUCACGGCGUUCGCCUUCCUGAGCAGCAGUGUGAACCCUGUGCUGUACGUGUUCGCCGGCAGCUCCCACAUCCGCCAGGCCGGCUUUAGCUUCAUGGCCAAGCUGUUCGAGGGCACCAACUCCGAGGGAGGUACCUCCGGCUCCUUCUCCCGCAGCACGAGGUCCAGCCGAAGUGGUUCCACAGCCCUGUACGAGAGCUCUGUCCUGCGCUCGCUGUCACUCAAGCCUGGGUGGUUGGGGAAGGAAAAGGAUCGGGGUAGGGAUUGUGGAAUAGAGCUGCGUGGAGUUGAGGUCGAGGUUAACUCCAAUCCGGAGUUCAAGACUUUGACGUCCAAUGAUCAGUCUGAGUAGUGUUACUUUUUUAACAACUUUUUCUGGCCUACUGUAGUAAUCCUAGAUUAUUAAUCGUAUUUCAUGUAUUUCAUGAACAUAUUUCUGAUAAAUGUGCUUUAUUGCAAGUGUGUCUGUGCGGUUGCCUUCAUGCAAUUUCUGAAUUAAAAUAUUAUACAAUUUCUUAAUAAAGUUUUCACCUGUUGACAAAUCAAGGAAGAGGGGAAGCAAUGGUUCUAGACACUGACAUGCGAGGUAUAGCCAAAUGACGUCAGUGACUGGAGCUGUGUUAGGAAAUUAACAUUUCCAUGAUGACCUCACUAUUGUAAUUGUGGUUAAUUAUUACAAAAUGUUCUGGGCAGGCAAAUCAAUGGAGAACAGUAGCUGGCUAUAGUUGCACCAUUAUUCAAAUGCUUUCAAAACACACAACGCAUUACAUACAGUAACUUCUAGUUAACCUAAGGUAGCGUGACAAACAACUAUUUGGGUGAAUUGGAUAACUUGGUCAUUUUUGCUAUCAAACGGUGUCCUAAAAUGGUCAGUAAAAUAAAAUAAAAAACACAUAUUAAGAAGAUGAAACGGAUUUGAUCGUAUGCCUCUGUCGACACCCUAACAACCGUAUGUCUGUGUGCCAGAGUUAGUGGCCCUAACCGCAAGGCAAGACCACCCAUACCACAGGAGAUAGGAGUUAUUCUUGACAAGGCAAAACUCUGGGAUUACAACCAAAUUAUGGAUCACUAAAAUAUACAACUUUUACAUUACCGUGUGGUUUACCAAUAAAACGGUCUGACGGUGAUGUGGACAUACUCAGUAUACAUAUCCCGAAAGAAAUAAAUUAUCUCACUACAAUACAUUUUAAUAG